AUGGGCUCGAGCCCUCCCUCCCCACCCCAUUCUUGGCAUGUGCCGAAACUACAGCCACAGACUGGCGUACAUGAGCAGAUGGGCCGCGGCCGUUUGAGCUCGAGAGAAGAAGACGCGGAGAAGAGGUUAUCGUCACUGUUUGUUGCAGACGAGAUGGCCAAGCAGCCCCGUCAGGGGUGGGGAAGUGCGCUAAUUAAUAGCGCGGUCAGCGCGACCGUCUUUGGAGCAGCUGUUGGAUUAACGGCGUAUAGGAUAUGGACGGGUGGGUGGGGGAGUAUUGUGCAGAAGGACGCGUUGCCGCAGGAACCACCACCGUUCGACGAGUCCGAGCAAUCCGAGCCCCUACCUCCUCUCCCGUUCCCCACCUCUCCGCGGGCGCACUCCGUCACGCCUAGACGCAAAUACGCUACAUCUACAAGCUCGUCAACCUCUCCACGACGACGGUACCAUUCUUCUCCCACCACACGGCGGCAGCGGGCCAAGCGCCCGACAAUAGCCGAGUUGCUGGCCGUCACUGCGCCCAUGACGCCCGUGUCUGACGAGGACCAUAACCAGCUCUCGCCAGGCUCUGACACUAGCGAGCAGACUGGCGUGACGGGGAUGGCGGACGGGAGAAGUCUGACAUCGCACACACUCGACCCGAUCUUCGGGAGUGACGCCAGCGACACAGACGACGAGACGAACACGAGACUGGCGGCCAUGGCGCACCGCUUACAAGGCCUCAUAGCCGAGGGACAAGCGGCCCUCUCGUCGCCAGUGGGAACGCCGCGACGGGGCCCGCCGCGCAUCACCGACUUUCCUCAGCCACCGCCGCGCGAGAAGCUUCCCGUACUGCCGCUCGACAUCCCACGCCCACGACGAGAGGCUGAGCGCGUCAGCGGUUGGGAUACUGACACGACCGAGGAUCCGACACGCUCGUCCAGGAGUAUAGGAUACGGCGCGCCGCCUAGACCCGCCUCACGACCAGUGUCCGUCGCGUCUAUGGGGUCUGUGUCGGGGUCGUUUCCGCGCUCGGCAUCGGUCUCCUCAAAUAGUAGCAGGUACCAGCCUGCUGUGCCGCCGCUGCCUUGGCGUCGCGAGAGCUUUGGUGCUACCAACCGAUGGGUUCAGAAGCAGCACUCGCCCAAUAACAGCCUUAGUUUGAAGAAUGAGGCGCCGCUCGUGCUCUCUCGCGCAAGCCCCAGCGCAUCUACACAUCCCCGCUUGUCGCAGUCGCCACGCGUUCCCCAGUCACCACUCCCAGACUCGGCGUCGCGCAUCCCCCAGUCACCACGUCCUGAUUCGUCGUCCCGCAUGCCCCAGUCGCCGCGGCCAGACCGUCCAGACUCGGCAUCUCGUAUCCCCCGGCCGGGCGCCCACAGCCGCGCGUCGUCCAUCGCGUCUCGCGUCGAUUCACCAACCCCUGUUCCCCGUCGCGAUCGCGAGGCCGACACGCCGUCCCGCCGCUCGCUCGACCGUGGCGGCUGGAACUCGCCAGUACCUCAUCAAGGGCUCGUCGCAGCCCGUACUUCCCUCUUCGCCUCCGUUGCAGAGGUCAAUACCAACCGAUCCAAGAUUCCCAUCCGUCGCAGUAUGGGUUCUAUCUCGUCCAUAACUGCUGUGCAGCCAUCGCCAAAGGCGUAG